GCCAUUUUGGCCCCAGAGGCGCUUCUGGGAAGUAGAGCGCCGGCCCGCACGCCUGCCCGACUUUCGGGUACGGCCUUUUCAGUCGGGGUGUCCAGGUUGAAGCGUUCACCUCUGCGGCCGCCGCUUUCUCAUUUCCCGCACCCUCCAAAGUCUCCAGUCGUUCGGGAGCUUCUGAGCACCGGCCGCGCCAUCGUGGGGGGGGGGUUCACACCGCCGGGAAGGAGGUGACGGGGGCGGCGCGGGGUGCAGACACUCCCCGCUGAGAGCCCGCCUGCCAUGGACUCGGAAUAUUAUAGCGGUGACCAGUCAGAUGACGGUGGCGCUACCCCGGUACAGGACGAGCGGGACUCAGGGUCAGACGGUGAAGACGACGUGAACGAGCCGCACUCCGGAUCAGAUACGGGAAGUGUAGAGCGUCACUCAGAGAAUGAAUCCAGUGAUCGAGAGGAUGUCCUCACCAAAAGACAUCCUGUGACAGACUCUGAGAACGAUGAGCCCUCACACCUCCACGCCAGUGACUCGGAAAGUGAGGAACUGCACAGGCAGAAAGAGAGUGACUCUGAGUCGGAGGGGCGGGCUGAGCCCCCUGCAAGUGACUCUGAAAACGAGGAUGCCAAUCAGCACAGGAGCGACUCCGAGAGUGAGGAGACCAGGAAGGUGCCUGGGAGUGACUCUGAGAACGAGGAGCUUCUUAAUGGGCAUGCGAGUGACUCUGACAACGAAGAGGUUAGAAAGCGUGCUGCCAGUGACUCGGAGGCCGAGGAGCUCCACAAGAGUCCUGCCAGUGACUCGGAAGCAGAGGAUGCUGUGAAACCUCCAGCCAGUGACUCUGAGAGCGAGGAACCCGCGAGGCACCAAGCCAGUGACUCGGAAAAUGAGGACCCUCCCAAAGCUCAGAUGAGUGACUCGGAAAGUGAGGAGCUCCCCAAACCCCGGGUCAGUGACUCGGAGAGCGAGGAGCCCCCACGGACCCAGGCCAGUGACUCGGAAACAGAGGAGCUCCCCAAACCCCGGGUCAGUGACUCGGAGAGCGAGGAGCCCCCAAGGACCCAGGCCAGUGACUCGGAAACGGAGGCGCUCCCCAAACCCCGGGUCAGUGACUCGGAGAGCGAGGAGCCCCCAAGGACCCAGGCCAGUGACUCGGAAACGGAGGAGCUCCCCAAACCCCGGGUCAGUGACUCGGAGAGUGAGGAACCUCAGAAGGGACCUGCCAGUGAUUCUGAUACCGAGGGUGCCUCCAGACACAAACAGAAGCCCCAGUCGGACGACAGUGAUGGGGAAAACAAGGGUGAGGGGACGGAAGUGCAGAAUGACCCCGUGCUUUCAGGUGGCCACACGGACAGAAAAAGAUUCCACAGCUCUGACAGCGAGGAGGAAGAACCCAAAAAGCAAAAAGUGGACAGUGAUGAAGAUGGAGAAAAAGAGGGUGAGGAGGAGAAAGCAGCAAAGCGAAAAGCUGUGCUUUCUGAUAGUGAAGAUGAAGAGAGAGCACCUGCAGCGAAGAAGAGUCGUGUUGUUUCUGAUGCAGACGACUCUGACAGUGAUGUUCCACCAGGCAAAAGAGAGAAGGCUGUCGCAUCUGAGAGCGAGGAAGAAGCAGGGAAAGAGCUGUCUGAUAAGAAGAAUGAAGAGAAAGAUCUAUUUGGAAGUGAUAGUGAGUCAGGCAAUGAAGAAGAAAAUCUCAUUGCAGACAUAUUUGGAGAAUCUGGUGAUGAAGAGGAAGAAGAAUUUACAGGUUUUAACCAAGAAGAUUUGGAAGAAGAAAAAGGUGAAACCCAAGUAAAAGAGGCUGAAGAUUCAGAUUCUGAUGAUAACAUAAAGAGAGGAAAACAUAUGGACUUCCUGUCGGAUUUUGAGAUGAUGUUGCAGCGGAAAAAGAGCAUGAGUGGCAAGCGCAGACGGAACCGGGAUGGUGGCACCUUUAUCAGUGACGCAGAUGACGUCGUGAGUGCCAUGAUUGUCAAGAUGAAUGAAGCUGCUGAGGAAGACAGACAGCUGAACAAUCAGAAAAAACCAGCACUGAAAAAAUUAACUUUAUUACCUACUGUGGUUAUGCACCUUAAGAAACAGGACCUUAAAGAAACAUUCAUUGACAGUGGUGUGAUGUCUGCCAUCAAAGAGUGGCUCUCACCCCUGCCAGAUCGGAGUUUGCCAGCACUGAAGAUUCGAGAAGAACUGUUGAAAAUUCUCCAAGAGCUGCCUAGUGUAAGCCAGGAGACGCUGAAACACAGUGGUAUUGGACGAGCAGUGAUGUAUCUCUAUAAACACCCCAAGGAGUCAAGGUCCAACAAGGACAUGGCAGGGAAAUUAAUCAAUGAGUGGUCUCGACCUAUAUUUGGUCUUACCUCAAACUACAAAGGAAUGACAAGAGAAGAAAGGGAACAGAGAGAUCUAGAACAAAUGCCUCAGCGACGAAGAAUGAACAGCACUGGUGGGCAGACACCUCGCAGAGACCUGGAAAAGGUGUUAACAGGAGAAGAGAAGGCUCUUAGACCUGGAGAUCCUGGAUUCUGUGCCCGUGCGAGAGUCCCAAUGCCCUCGAACAAGGACUAUGUUGUGAGGCCCAAGUGGAAUGUGGAAAUGGAGUCGUCCCGGCCUGGUAUUCUUAAAAAGGGCCUAAGCCGAUUGGAGAAGCAUAAGAGGCGAUUCGCAGAACAGAAACGGCUCAGCAAAGUGCACCGUGCUGUCAAGUUCAGCAUUGAAGGCAACAGGAUGCCCCUGUAGGCCCGGCCCUCGCAGAGUGUGUCCGAGAGGUAUCCCGAAGGCAGCAAGCUCUCUGCGUGCAUGGGCUUGAGUUGUCGGCAGCAGAGUGAAAACGCAUGUGCUUUCUUAAUCAGAAAUGAUACUGACCCUAAAAGGUGCCUUGAAUAUUUAGAAGUGGUCAUGGAGGUCCCUUCCUUCACCAGUGCCUGGAGACUGAAAGGUCAUUACUUUCCCCAAGAACAUUUUGGUCUUCCCAACUGUUACCCAUUUUUAUGAGAAAAGACUUGUUGGCUCCCACAGUUGCAUUACAGGCAUAUAAACCUGUAUGUUCUUCGUGGAAGGACGUGGCUUGUUUUCCUAUCAGUGGCUUAGCAACAUGCAUUUGAGGGCUUAUUGCAUAAAGCCUCAUGCUGAAUAUUGAAGAGUUAGAGAUGAAUUUGAUGGGUACACAUCCAGUACAUGGACAGACCUGAGACAGAUGUUAGAGGGCUCCUAACCCAGACGCACGGACCUGCUUUGGAGUUGCUGGUGACACCUUUGCUACAGUGUACACAGCGAGUGUCUGUUUUCUUUCUGCCUUCGCUGCACCUCCUGACACCUGCUUUGCUGAUUAUUUGCAGACUGCACUCACCUUCCUGCCAGUUAAGUUUGCUAUUAAGCUACUACCACAAGAAAACAUCCUUCAUCUAUUGAAAAUAGAGUGAUAAGGACAAGUUCAAUGGCAGUAACUUCUUCAUCUUUUAUUUCCUUCCCGUUUUCUUACUGUACCCAAUACCAUGUCCUUUAGCCACUUUUUCAUAGCCUCUCACCCUGAAUUUUUUUUUUCUUUUUUACCUAUCUCUCCUUUUUUCACUGUCUCUUUUCUCAGUUUUGACCCUUUUCUAGUUUUUUUUCUUCCUCAACUCUUCUGUUUUUGAGAAUUGGGAGCUGAAGUCAGGCCAAGAAAGCAGUCUGCUGUGAAGUGCACCUGGUGUUCCAGGGGGCAGUGCCUACCUGCUGGUGCUGCUGGCCUCUUCCCCGCUCUGUAGGUGGGCCAGGUGGGAAGGCCUGAGCUGCUGCUGCCGCUGCUGCUGCUGCUGCAGGUGCAGAGAGAGAAGCCCAUGGAGAGCACCUUUCCCUGCUACCGACCUUCCACACAGUGGAGUGCUGGCAUUCAGACCUCCGUCUGCUCUCUCAGGAAAAUGAGUCCUGUUUUGGGGGCCUGUUCCUACCUGUAAUCCUUAAACCACUUGACACUGGGUCCCUGUUCAGCAUUCUGAACACCCCUUUUACUUUGGAAACCACAUGGGUGAGGUAGGCGGACUAUAGAGGGACCCUCCCCACGAAGCACCUCAUGGUUUUAAAUCUAUUUGCCAUUUUGCUUCAAACGUAGUUUCUAUGAUGCUAGAAAAGUCACUCCUGGUCCCAGCAGUGAAAACCUAUUUGGUUAUUCAUUCCUCCAUGGUAUGUGAUCACACACCUGUGUACUUCAUUGUGCUUUUGUAUGUCCAUUUAUUCCAUGGAGUGCUUUUAAAGUAACCCUGAAGUGGCAAAAAACAAUGCAUGUUUUUCUUUAAUAUUUUUAAAAUCUGGAAAGCCUAAGUAAAUCAAUGCUAUGUGUAAUCCUGUAGCAACUUAAUAUCAACAUUUGGAUUCUUUUGGUCCUUUUUUAGAUGCAUAUAGAAACAUUACUACUAUUUAAAACAAUUCAGCAAUAUGAUGAUUUUUACUCACAUGAUAAAAAUUCAUUUGAAUAAAUCUUUUUUAGUGAUUUAGUAUUGUGUUUUCAAACAGUUUUUACAGCAUAAUUUUUAGAACAAACCCGUCUUGCUAGUCUUUUUCAGCCGCCUCUGAUUUUUCUCUGAUGCAGUAGUGCAGUGAGCACUUCCAGUGUCCCCAGGAAGGGUGGUAUAUGGAGUUGACGAGUCAGGAGGGAGGUCACUGAAUUUGUCACGUUAGGUGCUGGGUUCUGUGUGUUUUCAGGCUUGGGGCAGCUAAGAUGCUUCAGCCAUGGGUCACGCGGAUACUAACUAGGAGUAGUUAGCACUGGCCUGGGUGUGUGCCUGCAGCUAAGACCAGAUGACUGAUCAGGACUUAGCCUGUUAGAGAAGUCUAGGUUGUGUGUGGAGCUUCUGGGAGUCGAGUAGUUGUCAGACCCAAAGCAGAAAAGUCUUCUAGCAUGAUCUUCCUUUUCCAUCAUCUCAAAGGAAGUCAGCUGUUUAGAAAUUUGAGAGAUAGGCCGCCCUCUCGCCCGUCACGCACCGCACGUUCGUGGGGAACCUGGCGCUAAACCAUUCGUAGACGACCUGCUUCUGGGUCGGGGUUUCGUACGUAGCAGAG